GUUUUUGGUAUGUUUUGUUAAUGUUGUAUUGAAAAUAUAUUGGUGAUCAUAUUCUUGUUUCUGUAAAUUCUCCUAUUAGGUCUUCUAAUGUAGUAUUAAAAUAUUUUUAUUCACUGUUCUACUGAACCACACAAAGCUUGUACAUAAUGGAUUUCUGGUUUACACGUGGUCUUUCCUUUCUCCCAAUAUUCGUUAUUGUCUGGACAUACCUGACCUUCACCAUUUCGUAUAUAAUCUCUGUUUCUCGUGGGGAUGUUGAUCCAGGGUUUCCAUACAUAUCCGACACUGGUGCAAGGAGACCAGAAAGUUCAAUAUUUGGACAGAUGUUGAAUAUUACAGCUGGAUUUGCUCUGGCUUGUCUGUAUGUUCGUUACAAGCAGGUUGAAUCCUUCCUCAUUAAACUCUCAGACCAUGAUGUACGGAAAGUUUAUCGGGUGAAUAAAAUAUCUUGGUAUUUCGGGAUUGCAAUAAGUCUUGGAAUGUCUCUUGUAGCGAAUUUUCAGGAAACGAGUGUCUUAGGAGUCCAUCUAUUCGGGGCUUUGCUUACAUUUGGAGGUGGCACUGUAUAUGAGUUUAUGCAAACCUAUAUAACUUAUAAAAUGCAUCCUGAAGUUAAUGGAUUGGUCGUUGCACACGUUCGUCUUGGAAUUUCAAUACUGAGUGUUGUCUUUAUUACAACUACUUUCAUUGCGUCAAGUAUUGCCCAAGUACCUGUCAAAUUCCAUUGGGCACCUGAAGAUCAUGGGUAUGCUGCUCAUCUAGCAAGCACAAUAGCAGAGUGGCUUCUGGCAGCGACUUUCCUAUCAUAUUUUUACACUUUUAUAAGAGAUUUUCAAGUCAUAACAAUGGAUGUGGAGCCAAACAAUCGGUGUGACAAUCUACAUCACUCAAUAAAUGGUGCAAUACCCGUACAAUCACACCAAGAGGAAAGAACACCGCUGAUUGCGUGAAGUGCAGCAUUAUUUUAUUCAGAGAAAGCAUAUCCCCUAAUUUUAAUUAACCAUUGAGAUUUACCUAAUGAUUGUUACUGUAGACCAGUCGCAAGCGAUAUGUCCGAAUAUACAUGUUUGGGGCAAUGAAGCAAUAUCCUAUAAUUUUUAAAAUAUUUUCCGGCUUAGCUGAAGCCCAAGUGAAACAAUCUUCAUCAGAAGCAAAAUAGUAGCAUACAUGACUGUACUAAGAGCCGUAAGGAAGAUACUUCUGAGGAGGCACUACAAAUCGUACAUAUAAAAUUAUUUUUCCUCAGCAAUUAAAUUACAGUAUACCCUCUUAUUAGAUGCACAUUCCAAAAUCAAAGACAAUCAAGACCUGGGGGUUCUGGAACCCUGGUAUAUUCAGUUUAUUAAAUAUUAUGCAAUAUGUUGAUUUGUGUGAAGGUGAUAACCAAACUUGCCUCUGUAUAUUGUGGAACUCCACUGAACCGAUUCAGCAUUAGAUUUUUGUUAAAUAACUUAUUUUCUGAAUAUCUUGUCAAAAAUUUGCUGCUUUCACUUCAAUGCCAAACUAAGCCAUGACUCGCAGACACGCAUUUAUCAAAAAUAUGUAUUUUUGAAACAUACCAGUAUUAUUAGGAAGGAUAUACAGCAAUGGUUCAAGUUUGCUACCAUGUCGUUGUGCUCAUAUUAUUAGUCCAGCUAAGUUUUUAUAAUUUUUCUACUUACAGUAUUUUAGCAAAAUGAUGACAUAUUUCGCAUAUUACAAGAAAUCUGUCAUGUGCAAAAUUCGCACUUAUGCCACGGUUAAGUAGAUUCCAUUUCGUUUUAGUAGACUGUCACAAAACCUUCUGUAAGAUCAUGAUACAACUACAGCUUCAAUUAAAAUAUUACUCCAUGG